AUGCAUUUCCUCACCGCCAUCAUCAUCUCCCUCUCGGCCCUGGCCGCAGCGGUCCCAAUGCCUGCCGAGACACCCGCCCCAUCGCAGGCAGCCCAAGACGACAGCAUCUACAACGCCGCCGUCAUCCCGACCGAGUGCGCCCAGCUCAAGGAUGUCCACAUGGCGUGCGUGGCCGGAACCGAGAAUCCAAAGGAGGGCACCCAGCAGUGCAAAUACACCGAUGACGCCGGCAAGCCCGCCACCCUGGCCACCACCAUCAAGUGCACGCCCAAGACCCAGGACCCCGCCACCAGCAGCACCAAGGCCAAGGAAGCCAGCGCCAAAAGCAAUGCCUCCAAAGCUGCCCCUUAG